AAAGAAUGGGCUUUUAGAAUCGAACCUUUCUUGCUGCAAAUUAGGGGAAGGUCUUCCGGGACUCCGUACAGACUACAGCUCCUUCUACAACGACAAAGGAACCGGAUUCCGAUUCAUAAUCCGAAACCCGGCGAGGCACAAGCUGCUGCUGCUGCUGGUAAACUCUGUAUAUUCUUCUGGAAUUUUGCACGAACGAAGAGGAACUGUAAAUAUAAAUCGGGGACCUCUGGUUUCAUAUGUAUCGGUAACAAGUCGGCGUGCGUCGCCAGCAUUGAAACCCCUGCUUGUGUUUAAGCUUUCACCGGAAGGUUUCGAAGUUAUUUGGUCGUUGGAAUCAAGGGAAAUGAAAAGCACCGGUCUUUGUUGGAUUUUAUGGAUGAGAAAGAAUCGAUUUUUGGGAAUAAUAGUAUUGAAGAUGUUAGCUGGCUCUGUUCACUCUCCGAAUCCGCGCUUGAUAUGUUUCUAAGUUUAAAGAUGCUAGUAAUUCAACGUGUCAGAGUAAUUGUGCAUGAUGAAUUAGCUGAGAAUUUUGAUCUCAAGAUGCUUCGAGCCCUUGGGUUCAUUUUAAUGGAUAUAUCUCAAAGAGAGGGUUAAGGAUUUUUCUCUUAAACCUGGUUUGGCUGAGUCUGCUUCAUUUAUGGAUGGUUGCAAUUUGUUGAAAUGUAAGCUUGAUAAUAUUAUGAGUAUCGAAGAGAUAAAGACAUUUAUUGUCAUGGAUUUUAUAAAGAGACCUUCUGAAAGGCAUGUGCAAGAUACUCAAGAUUGAAUACUCACUUGAUUAUUUGUUUGUUUUGAGUGGUCAUUGCUUUUUCUUCCUGCCAUUGUUUGGAUGAUUUGACCCUUAAAGUGAUUUUUGAAAGGGAUUUGUGUUUUUCAAUCCAGAAGAUUUUUAAAAGGGGUUAGUGUUUUCAGUCCAGACGAGCUAAAACAUGCCAGGAACCACAUCCAAGGAUGCGGUUGUCCAGAAUGGAAAAAAAUGCCAGUACGGACAGUAAAACACUUUUAUCUUUUGGAAUGUUCCAAAAGUCAGUAAUCAGAGAAUUGCCUUUUCUAUUAUUUCAAGACAUUUUUUCUGUAAGUGAAUCAUUUUUGUGUUAAUCCUUUGGUUCAUUUUCAAUGAGAUAUUGUAGGCUGAAACAUCCUUUUACAUUUUUGUUUAUUUCUAGUGUAAAGACCACAAGAGAAUCUUGUUUUCAAAUAGUAGUGUAUAAAACUAAAAUCAGUUGAAAAAGAUAGAACAUUUGUUUGAGGGCUGUAACUUUGUAAGAAAAAUCUUGACAAAAU